AUGGGCGACCUGCCCUCGCAAAUCCUCGAACUCUCCUCAGAUUCUUCAUUCGCCUCUACUACCGAGCGUGACCGUCACACCUCUCCGAUAUCACCGACACCAAUCCGGCACCGUGCGAUCCGCCGUGCCCCUCGCGCCGCCAUUUCGCGGCAAGUCGUCCCGCCUUCUCCGGCCCAGUCGCCCGUUUCUCUCCCUGACGAGCCGGAGAAGUCGCCGUACAAGGCAGUCAGGCGGGUCCAGAGCGACCGCUUUGAUCAGGUCGAGUACGAGCGGAAUGUGGCGCUUCUUGCUUCUGAAGAAGACACGGGGCGUGGGUAUUACACAAGCGAGGAUGGCUCGAGCGAAGCCUGGUCCGCUAGAGGACGGGCGGGUCAGCGAGUACUUCUGAUGGAUGAGGAACAGAGGGUGAUCAGGCGUGUCGUGGACCGAUCAGUACUCCUGGAAGAGCUCCUCCGUGAGCCAACACCGCCAAGACGCCCGACACAGCCCUUCCGCUUCGCCCCUCGACUGCCGCCGACGCCGCACAUCAACAGAGUCAGCAGGCGUCCCACCCUUCCCACUAUCGCCUCCUCGAGGAUGAUGCAUCGGCACACUACCAAUACCGGCACGCCCGUCACGCCCGAGCGGUCCUCUCUGUCCACUUCGAGAUCAACUCGGACUCCGAUCGAUACUCCGCCGAGCGAUCCCUUUGCCACUCUCGCGGGCUCCAGUCCACAGCAGGAUGAAGGCGACGAAGGGCGAUGCGAUGCUUGUGGGAGGGACCAGAAUCAAGGUCGCAAGAUGCGCAUGAUGCCUUGCGCUCAUAUCGUCUGCUCGACUUGCUUUUCGUCGUCGAUAUCGGCAGUUUCGGUAACGCAUGGUCCGUCGAGGUGUACGACAUGCCUCGCACUAGUCGUCUCUUUCGAGCCAGUCAAGGGAUUCAGUAUUCAGCAUCAUACCCCGCAGAGCGAUCAGGAGGCUGCCAGUCCACCUACUACUCCGCCGAGUAACGGAGUAAGAUCCUCGACGGACACCGCUGUCGAAGAUGAUGGGAGUGGGAAGACCAUCCUUCUCCGGAUCGACAACGUGGCCUGGGACAUCACCCCCGCCGUCGUUGAGAGUUUUCUCCCUCCUGAUGUUUUUCCCGCUACUCACCCCUCACCCGUCCAUAUCCUCCUAGACCGACAAGACGGCCGGACCAAGGACUUCUUGUACGUCGAAGUCAGAUCCCUCGAGGCCGCGCGGCUCGUCCUCAAGACCCGGCAAAAUACGCUCAUGCCCUGCGGACCAGCUUCGGCCGGUCGAAAACGCUUCGUGACAAUCUCGCUGACAACGCACAAAGAGCUCCUGGACGAGCUUCGACCCAAAACAGCGGCAGAGCUGCACGCUCUUCUCGCACUCUGUCAGACUUCGAUUCUGUCGCCCAGCCCGACGCUGUCAGCUCAGCGAUCGUAUGUUGGGUAUAACGGGAUCGCGCACUUCGUCAAGGAUCGUCAUGGACCGUUCCAUGCGCUGAUGUCGAUCUUGUGUCAUCUGAGCGGGAAGAACAGCCCGGCGUACUGGGAUCUAUUCCAUGUUACUUCAGGAGCCAUGGCCGCAUUAGCAAACGUCGUCACCUUCCGCAACACCCUCCCACCCAACAGCGCCGGUAUCGACUCGCAGACAAUGCAUGCCGACCAAGACCUUCUUGACAAGCUCCGUUAUCUGUUCCAGACCCGAUUCUGCUUGACGCCCAUCAGCUCCCCGGCCUGA